AUGCCUUGGAGGAAACUGGUAUGCAAUAAUGGUGGAAUGCCAAACUGGACUUUUAUUCUUACAGAAGAAGAAAGCAUCGAGCAUUUGUUCUUCAAAUGCACCUUUGCAGAAUCAAUAUGGAUGAAACUAUUGCAAUGGAUGGGUAUCAAUAGACAAGCUAUGAAGUGGAGUCAAGAAGUAGUAUGGGCAUACAACAAUGCAAAAGGCAGAUCAGCAAAUGCUGAGAUAUAUAGAAUGGCUUUAGCUGGUUGUGUCUACUAUGUGUGGCAGGAGAGAAAUCACAGGAUUUUUAGAGCAAAGCAAAGGCAAGCAGGGAUAAUGAUAAAGCAGAUUAUACAAAUGAUAUGCGAAAGGGGCUAUAUGAUGUCAAGACUAAGAAGAAGACUUGAAGACUUGAACUUCUACCCAUGA